CGUUGGAGUAAUAAACAAGUAUCUAUGCAUUCGUUUCCCGAAAGUAGAACUAAUCCUCCCAUUGCGUAUUGGUACUUAUCGGGUAUAGAAUAGAUCUGCUUCUCUUUGUUCUUACGAACAGAAUUGUUCCAUUAUUUUCAAUGGAACGGAAUAAAAAUUAACCCUUUCUCAUACGGAAUCUACUGAAAAGGUUAGAUACAUAGUAUAGUCUUUUCCAAUGCGAUAAAAUAAAGUGACAUAGUGUCUAUUUUUCUUUGAUAAAGGGGUAUUUCCAUGGGUUUGCCUUGGUAUCGUGUUCAUACUGUCGUAUUGAAUGAUCCCGGUCGAUUGCUUUCUGUCCAUAUAAUGCAUACAGCCCUAGUUGCUGGUUGGGCCGGUUCGAUGGCUUUAUACGAAUUAGCGGUUUUUGAUCCCUCUGACCCCGCUCUUGAUCCAAUGUGGAGACAAGGUAUGUUCGUUAUACCCUUCAUGACUCGUUUAGGAAUAACCAAUUCGUGGGGUGGUUGGAGUAUUUCAGGAGGAACUGUAACGAAUCCCGGUAUUUGGAGUUAUGAAGGUGUGGCAGGGGCACAUAUUGUGUUUUCUGGCUUGUGCUUCUUGGCAGCUAUCUGGCAUUGGGUGUAUUGGGACCUAGAAAUAUUCUGUGAUGAACGUACGGGCAAACCAUCUUUGGAUUUGCCUAAGAUCUUUGGAAUUCAUUUAUUUCUCUCAGGGUUGGCUUGCUUUGGCUUUGGCGCAUUUCAUGUAACAGGUUUGUAUGGUCCUGGAAUAUGGGUGUCCGAUCCUUAUGGACUAACUGGAAAAGUACAACCCGUAAGUCCAGCGUGGGGCGCAGAAGGCUUUGAUCCUUUUGUUCCCGGAGGAAUAGCCUCUCAUCAUAUUGCAGCGGGUACAUUGGGCAUAUUAGCAGGCUUAUUCCAUCUUAGUGUCCGUCCGCCUCAACGUCUAUACAAAGGAUUACGUAUGGGCAAUAUUGAAACUGUACUUUCCAGUAGUAUCGCUGCUGUUUUUUUUGCAGCUUUCGUUGUUGCUGGAACUAUGUGGUAUGGUUCAGCAACUACCCCAAUCGAAUUAUUUGGUCCCACUCGUUAUCAGUGGGAUCAGGGAUACUUUCAGCAAGAAAUAUAUCGAAGAGUUAGCGCCGGACUAGCCCAAAAUCUGAGUUUAUCGGAAGCUUGGUCUAAAAUUCCCGAAAAAUUAGCUUUUUAUGAUUACAUUGGUAAUAAUCCAGCAAAAGGGGGAUUAUUCAGAGCAGGGUCAAUGGACAACGGGGAUGGAAUAGCUGUUGGGUGGUUAGGACACCCCGUCUUUAGAGAUAAAGAAGGGCGCGAGCUUUUUGUACGUCGUAUGCCUACCUUUUUUGAAACAUUUCCGGUAGUUUUGGUAGAUGGAGACGGAAUUGUUAGAGCCGAUGUUCCUUUUAGAAGGGCAGAAUCAAAGUAUAGUGUUGAACAAGUAGGUGUAACUGUUGAGUUCUAUGGUGGCGAACUCAAUGGAGUCAGUUAUAGUGAUCCUGCGACUGUAAAAAAAUAUGCUAGACGUGCCCAAUUAGGUGAAAUUUUUGAAUUAGAUCGGGCUACUUUGAAAUCUGAUGGCGUUUUUCGUAGCAGUCCAAGGGGUUGGUUCACUUUUGGCCAUGCUACGUUUGCUUUGCUCUUCUUUUUCGGACACAUUUGGCAUGGCGCUAGAACCUUGUUCAGAGAUGUUUUUGCUGGCAUUGAUCCAGAUUUGGAUGCUCAAGUGGAAUUUGGAGCAUUCCAAAAACUUGGGGAUCCAACUACAAAGAGACAAGUAGUCUGAUACAACAUUGCUCUGGUAUCUUUCGCCUCUUUUUUUGAUUUGACAUAGGGUUAGGGUACUGAAGAAAUCUUGACUUGAAUCACCAUCUUUUCUUUGACUCUUUCCUUUUCUUUAUAUGGUAAAUGAUGCCAAAUGAAUAGGUGU